AUGAAACAAAUCCGGAAAGUGGUAUGUGCAAUUUCCGGCGGUGUUGACAGUGCAGUUUCCGCAUAUUUGUUGAGAAAGCGGGGAUUUGAUGUAAUUGGCGUCCAUAUGGUAAAUUGGGAUCGUGUUGAAGAAGGUUCAAGCAAUUGUCCGCAAUCUGUGGACGAAAAAGAUGCAGAAAAAGUGUGCAACCAUUUACAAAUACCUUAUUAUGUGAUCAAUUUUGUAGAUAAAUAUUGGAACGAGGUUUUUACAUAUUUGCUGGAUAAUUAUCGUAAAGGAAGAACGGUUGUAUCUGAUGUUCUUUGCAAUAAAGUAAUAAAAUUCGAUCGAUUUCAUAAAUAUGCAUUUGAUGAGCUUCAAGCUGACGCUGUUGCAACAGGUCAUUUUGCAAGGACAAGUUUCGGUGAUUUUUUGGAGAAGCGUUUAGAAACUGGAUUGAUUCGGUUGCUUGUUGCUGCGGAUCCGAUCAAGGACCAAACAUUUUUCCUGUCAACUUUAACUCAAGCGCAGCUGAGGAGAUCAAUGUUUCCAUUAGGUUCGUUGACAAAACAACAAGUACGCCAAAUUGCGGUUGAUAUUGGGAUGGCUGAAAUUGCUCAAAAGCCCGAGAUGAGUUUUCUUUUGUCUUUAUUUUUUCUUUUUUUAUCACUAAAUUUGUGA